CUGCGCUUUACUUUGAAUGAAAUGGUUCUCCCGUCAGUCACAUUUACACAGAGCCCUGUCUGCUUCCUGACGGAGCGCCUUGAUUGGUUAACGGCUUUCCAGGAGGCUCAAUGGAGGUCCGUGAUUGGCUGACAGCUGUUGAUGAGGCGGGAUCAUUUCAGCUGCGACUGUCAAGAUUGGCAAAGAGCUGGCGCUGCUGCGUGCAGGUAAAAGGAACAAGCGACACAAAACAGAAAACAUUUAUCUUGGCAGAAAGCGAGGAGUGCGAUGGAAACGGACUCUCCGGUGAAACAUUUUUGCGCCGCAGAAAAGCAAAACGUUUAGGUCGGCGAGAAAGCGCAACACCUUCAGCUUCUUGAAAGAAAGUGCCGUUGUGUCAACCAUCGCUCGGAUCCCGGGCACGCUUUGUACCGCAAGCAACUUGGACAGCUGCGUGUUUUCAAGCCAGCCAUCAACAAAGAAUGAAAGCAUUCAAACGAGCUCUGGAAGAAGAGCAUCGCCCGGAUCAGGAGCACUCUUCGGCGAUGUCGGACAGUGAUGACGGCUCGCCGCUCGACCUGUCAGGAAGGGGGCUUUUCGGGAAGCGCCGUCGCCGCGGCAACCUGCCCAAGGAGGCGGUGCAGACUCUGCGCAGCUGGCUGUACGAACACCGCUUCAACGCCUACCCGUCAGAGCAGGAGAAACUCAGUCUGUCGGGCCAGACCAACCUCUCUGUGCUGCAGAUAUGUAACUGGUUUAUCAACGCGCGUCGUCGCCUCCUCCCUGACCUGCUUCGCAAAGAUGGCAAAGAUCCCACCAAGUUCACCAUCUCGCGCAAGGUCGGCAGUAAAAGUGACAGCCACUACAAUGGAGGCUGGAGCAGAUCUUCAGAAAGCAACUCUUCCACCAGCCCCUCUCAACAACGCCCGUCGGUCAUCCGCUCCGCCCCGACCCUGGACCUCAGUCUUCUCGGGAACACGGCGACGGCUAUUCUCACUGGAGCGGGUUUCCCUGGUAACGAAGGGUCGGUCCAGGCGCUGAUGAGGCUGGACACACAGAGCCUUAUAAGGGAAGCAGAGGAACAGAGGGCAAACACGUUUUGUCCCACCAGCACAACAAUGGCAGCUAGCCCCAGCGUCGGCCUCUUCAACACGCCUCCCCCCACUCCCCCCGAGCUGUUCCCCACUCAGGACUUCAGCGACCUGAGGCUCCUGGUGGACGCAGCUCUGCAGAGGGCCGCAGAACAGGAGAACCUGAAGAGGCUACAGGAGAGCCAGAGCAGACCCACAGAGGCUGUAAAGACUGAACAGGUGGAGUCGCAGUGUUACAGCAGUGACAUGGGCCCCACGCCGCCUCCAGAGGACAGCCAACAAGUCAUGGAUCCUUCCAGGGUUCAGAGUCUGAUGGAGAAGGCUAUGUCUGUGUCAGCUGUUACUGCAGUACAGGAUCCAGAAAUGCUUCCUUUAACCGUAUCAGUACCAGUGCCGGUGCCAGUUUCAGCCUUGGUUUCAGCCCCGAGGCUAUCUCCUCUCCUCAUGAAUAAAGUCACCUGGAGCCCCGUGGAGAAUGACAUAACUUCCAGCGUAAAGCAGGCUCCGCUCCUCCCAGCCCAUCUGCCAAACGUGGUGCCAGUGUCCGCAGUCUUAGGACUGCACAAUCCUCAGAACCCAGCUGCUGCUCAAGCCAAAGCCCCAGCUUCAUCUCCAGCUCCACUGCCUACAACAUGUCCUACAGAGUUGGUAUCUGUUCCAUCACCUGUUGUACUCCCAGCCACAAGGCCUUUCAGCCAGACAUCAUCCCAUACGCUUUUUCCAGCUGCUCCUUCUCCAGCCACCACCUCUAUCACAGACCCCAGAGGUGUCCCACUUUACCUGCCAUUCCACAAAUCCCCCGUCAUCCCAGUCACAGUUCCAUGUACGCCGCUCUUUUCAGCUGCAGUGUCGUCUCCGGCCUCUGCCCAAACUCCAACUCCCCUCCCUGUUUCAAUCCCAGCAUCAUCCUUUACACCAGCGAUGCAGCCCCCUCUGGGCCUGAUGUCCCACCUCUCUGCUCCUCUUCAGCUUUCUUCCAGCAGCAUUAGUGUUAGCAGCGCACAGAGGAAUUCAGCAGUGGUGCCCAGUGUUUGGAGCAUGGUCCAUGCUGAUAGCAGGCAACCCACUUCUCUUCAAGUGGUAAAGACCCCCAUCACCACGGUGUGGGGCCCACAGCACAGCCUGCACACAGUGAGUGAAGCUGUUAACUAGGAGCUGAUUUUUCUUCUUUUUAAUAUAAAUAUAUAUAUCUUGGAAGAUAGGGGGCAAACAUUCCUGUUGGCUGGACUACACUGUACAUAGGAGAAUGUAUGUUCAUCACCAGUCCCCUUUCGUCAUAAACGCAUGUGCCUGCAGAAAACAGGAUGUGAAAUCAGAUUUAUGAACAAGGACAAAGUGAAGUAACAAACAUGAGUUGUUAUAAAGACUUGCUGUUUCAAGCAACCUUUUUUUAAAUGUGCUGUUCCUCGAUGAAGGCAGCUGCCGGUAAGAACACUUUUGAUGUCAUUUCUGAAAAAGGAACAUUCCUGUGUGGAGAGCUAAUGUGUUGUACAGUUUUGAUGCCAUUUUCAAACCUCUUUCCGCAUUACAAUUUAUGAAUGAAGAUGAAAUAUCCCGUAAUUGUAAAAAUGUUCAAAUGAUGUCAUUGUCAGGACCAGCAGUUAGCCUCUUCAGUAGCAGACCUGGACUGUAUUGAAUGUACAAAGACAUUGAUAUCAUUGGCUAGGCUGCCUAUCAUCCAUUUCCCUCCAGCAUAAAAAGGAGGGAAUUUGUUUUGUUAUUCCCACGCAUAGCAACAAUGUUGUAGUCGUUCAGAUUUUCUCUCAAGAAUUGAGUCUGUUCUUUUUAUAAAUUCACCCUGUCUCCAUCACAUCCCACCCCCUUCUUCCUGGCUUUUUAUAGCAGAGGGGGAUUCAUUUGCACUCAUGAAUUGUCAUCUCAACCACUCAACGCAUGCUUUAAAGCAUCAUGUAUUUUCUUAUUUAGCUAUUUCCAAUCCAUAAAAACAAAAGCCUAUUUCUGUGUUUUUGCUCAAAGCAGUUCUGUCCGUGUAAUUGUCCUAGAUCCGUUGUGUACGAUUUUCAGGGACUGUUGUUGAAGUGCGCUGUGGCCACAGGAUGAAGGGGAGAGGGUCACAUUGGAUCUGUUACAGAAAUCAAUUUCAGUGAGGAGGUGAGCAGCUUGGUGGUCUGAUGACAUCGAGCUCUGACAGCUCCUGGAAUGAAACUUUAAUCCUGCUCUGAGACUUUAUCUUUUGUGGUGGAAAAACACUUUAAACAUUGGAUCCAUUAUUAUAUAGAUUUCCCAGUUCAUUUGGGGCCAUAUGAAUUUGUCAAUUUAGUUCAAACCUGAAUGUCUUACUAUUUGAAAGUUGAAUUGAUGCAUGUAGUGUCUCGACGAAACAAAUGUAGCGGAUGAUCUGCAAUGGCAGACAUUUGCUGGAGGUUUUCCUCCCAAGGGGGGUACAACAGCACAACAUCAAGUGUUCCUCAUCUGUGCUCAUCCACCUGUAUUUAGAAAUGGUUACAAUAGGAUUUCUUAUCAUUCACAAAGCUGUAGUUUCCAUGAAACUGUUGUAGCAUAAACCUCUAUAUGACUGAAUGCCAUCAGGGCAUCAGUUAACGGUGGCAUCAUGUGGAAGAGUUCCUAUGUGAAUAAUACUAUAGCAGGAUUGUGCAUUAAAUCUUCACAACUGUCAUGUUUACCGGUGUCAUUUAGCUGUACACAAUAUCAUUUUAAAACCGCAAGUAGCAGGAGACAACAGAAGAAGAAAGUCUGAUGAAUGGUCAGAGUAUUUGCUUCAUCGCACUCAGAAAGCUUUCAUAGCAGAUAUCAAAUCUCGUACGCUGUGUUUUGUUUGACCCUCCUUACUGCUUGUAAUGCUCUGUGGAUGUCGUAGGAGGUACUCACUAGACUGA